UCAAUCGAUAAGUCUCAAUACCUGGGGAAAAAAAAAGAAGCUAAACAUACAAAGUGAAAACGUGCGACGAUAAUUAAUCUCUGACAUUUUUUUAACGUGCCAAAAAAAAAAAAAAAAUGAUGGAUGAAUUUUAAAAACUCAGUAAUACUGUCAAUUAUUGAAAAUGGUGAUUACCAGUACUAGUUCGACGGGAAGUCAACAUUUUGCAGUGACAGGAUCAAAAUUACGACGAUCGAGAAGAUUAUCAUCAACAAGAGGACUACAUCCGAGAAACACUAAAAAUUCCCACUCUAAUGAUCAAAUGAAACCAGAUCUCAAUCAAAAAUUAGGAUUAUGUCCAAUAGUGAGUAAAAAUUUAGACAAUGAUAUAAUGAAACACGAUAUGAAUUGGGAUUUAAAUGAAAGAAUAAGUCUCACUAGUGGUUCAAUUAAUGAUGAUUCAAAUGAUAAAAUUCGACAACAAAAAAUUAAAUACAAAACAAAUGAUCAAAUUAGAAAGAAAAAAGAUCUCAAACUAAUGAAUGUAUCCGGAUUUUCCAAUGAAAGUCAAAAAAAUAGAGAUUUAAACCAUCGAAUUGAUUCCAAAAUUGUCAAAAAUAAUCACAUAUUUCUUGAUGAUGAUGAUGAUAAUAAUUUGCCAAAGAAUGACACAAGUAAAGAGAAUGAGGUCAUCACCACCGCACAAAGAAGAUGGAUCGCUGCCAAAGAAAAAGUCGACAGAACAAAUGAAUCAAUAUCAAAACGAUUGGAACUAAUUCACGAAUUGAAUCAAAAAAUAUUUUCAAAUUGUGAAAAAUUUCAUCGUAAAAAUAAUACAAAAAAUGGUGAAUUAAAAAUUAAUGUUGAAAAAAAAUCAUUUAAUGAUAAUUUGAAAAAUUGUGAAAUUUAUUCAAAAAUUCCAAUAAUAAAAAAAGAUAAGGAAAAUAUUCAUGAUACUUAUGAGAGAAAUGGUUUAUUUAAACAAAAAGUCGAUAUCAAUAAAUUCACAUUCUCAAAAGAUUAUUGCGAAAGAUUAUUGUCAACUGAGAAAUUAGAUCCAAAAAAAUCACAAUCUAGUGAUAAUUUUAGUUUAGCAAUUAGGCCAGAAUUUGUCAAACAUUGUCGGGAAAUGAAAAAAAAUAUUAUUGAUAAUGAAUCGACAAUUAUUGAAAAUAGGUCAGAUGUAUCGCGUUCGGUAUUUUACGUUGAAAAUGAUGACGAUAAAAGUCAAGUGAAAAAGGAAGUCGUUCAAUCUUGUCUUGAAAGCUCGAGACUGUAUCCGGUGAGUUAUCAAAAUGGAUCAUUAAAGAAACCACAUAUACAAAAUGAUGAUGAUGAUGAUGAUGAUUCUUUAAUGGAAAAAAUGACAAUAAACCAAUUUCAAAAUUCGCCUAGCAAAGAAUCAAAAGAUACAAUAAAUUUCACAAGUCAGGAGAAAAUUCUUGAGGAUGAAAUUCUAAAGAAUUUAAACGACACUAUCGGCAGUUUUGACAUUGACAAAAAUGAUACACCAAGUUCUGAUUCAAUGGGAAAAAAUGAAAGUUUCAGCACAGAUUCAAUACAAAGUUUAAGUCCGAUAACAAGUUCACAAAGUGCUGUAAAUACAACGCUUCAAGAAACGUUUAAUUCUUCAUGGGAUUCGGGAGUUAGUGUUGAAGUUGGAUCAGGCAGCGGUUGGGUUAGAGUACAUACGGGAAUUGAAAGCAGUUUAGUUUAUCUCACAUUGGAAACAACAUGUAAAGAUGUUUGCCGAGAUAUGCUACUUGGCGAUGAGUUGUCACUUUUCAUACAGUAUGGUGGAGAGCCGGGAAGAAGAUUAUCGCCUCAAGAGAAACCUCUCGAUCUUCAAGAUGCCUUUUUACAAAGUCUUGGCUAUGAAGAAUCAUCAAGAAGAGCUCGUCUCGGUGUAGAUCCCGAACUACGUCAUUUAAUCUCAUUUCAUGUCGGUCCCUCAGCGCCACUAAACGAUUUAACCGGAUAUAGCCAUUGUGGUUACGUUCUGAUAUUAAAGGGGUUGGUUUUUCCACAAUGGAAAAGACGAGUCCUCGCUGUCAUUGGUUCUCGACUUUUUCUCUAUCCUGCAUGUCAGAAUUCUAAGCCAGAAUGGAUUGAAUUGGGUGACAAUGGCGGUGCAGUUUGUUACGCACCCUCACGAUUGGGGAAAUUGGUAUUGAGAGUAACGGGAUAUCCGCGAAUAGUUCAACAACAAUUGCAAAAUACAAGUGGCCACACAAAUCAAAUGGAAAACAAAGAUGAGAAUGAUGAUGAGAGUGACGAGGCGCCAUUUGACGAAACAAGACAUCUUUAUUUAGGUUUUCAUCAUCCAUGGGAUCGUGAUCUAUGGCUAUCUUGGUUAAAGAAGGCUUCACAACUUUCGUCAUGUCCAAAAAAAUUGGAUAUGAGUAAAGGCGGAUUAUGCAGAAUUCCAAAUAGCGCCGUGGCUUUUCCUGCUAUUGAGGAGCUAAUGUUGGGUCAAAAUCAAUUGUCUAAUGUCAAUAGUAAUUUAAAUUUACUUCAAAGAUUUCCAAAACUCCGUACAAUUUGUUUGGAAAGGAAUAAUCUACAAAAAAUACCAUGGGAAUUGUUACAGUUAGAGAAUUUAAAUAUUCUUAAUUUAUCAGACAAUAAAAUUGAAAAAAUACCUCCGGAAAUCUGCGAACUUGUUAAUUUGAAAGAGUUGAAUCUUGAUCGCAAUGAGAUCAAAGAACUGCCAGAAGAAGUGGGAGAAUUGCGACACUUGAAAAUAAUUUCACUGGCUGGAAAUUCGAUCAGUAGCCUUCCGAGGUUUUUGAAAAUGCGAGCUCUGGCAAUUACGGAUGUCCUCUCUAAAGGGGAUCAUGGAAAAAUGCACAAGGAAGAGAAGAACAAUCAUAAUAAUCUACAAAAAGUAAAUCUACGAAAUAAUCAUCUGAAAGGAAGUAUUAUACUUGGAAAUUAUGGAAAUUUAACACACUUGGAUGUUAGUGAAAAUAGCAUUGAAAAGCUCGAUAUUAGUGCUUUACAAGAAUUACGAAGCGUUCGAUGUGCUAGAAAUUCUUUAACCGAAUUAACAGUCUGUGGUCGAAAUUUAGUUUCACUUAUAGCCGGAAAUAAUAAACUUAAAAAAUUGACAAUUGAACCAACACCAACGAAUCUAGAACACUUGGAUGUUUCUUACAAUUCACUGGAUUCUCUGCCUGAAUGGACACCAGAACUGCCAGUGUUACGUGCACUGUUUGCAUCCCAUAAUGCCUUGACAGCUUUGCCAGACAGAUUGUUGUCUCAACCUUCGAGGCUCGAAGUACUACAUUUACCUCACAAUAGAUUACAAGCACUUCCUCCACCGAGAAGACCUUUGAACAUUGUUCAUUUAACUCUUCAGGGCAAUGCUUUGACAGCGUUACCAACAAGUUUCUUUGUUAAUACCGAAAAAAUGAAAGUUUUAAAUCUCUCCAAUAAUCGACUGUCAGAAUUAUCAUUUUCCGAUCAAGGAAACAAAAAUCGUCACGUUUGCCAUGCACUUGAAAAAUUGUAUUUAACGGGAAAUUGUUUAACUGAUACAGUUUUAGAUGCACUAACAAAAUUCUCAUCAUUGAGAGUUUUACACAUGGCCUAUAAUGUGCUGGAUACACUUCCCGAAAGUUGCAUUGCAUCUUGGACUGAACUUGAGGAAUUAGUUCUAUCGGGUAAUAGACUGCAGUAUUUGCCCGACAAUGUUUCACACUUAAAGCACUUGCGAGUUCUUCGAGUACACUCCAACCGUCUCCUUAUUUGUCCCACAUUUAACAAGACCACAUCUUUAAAGGUAUUGGAUUUAGCUCACAAUCAAUUGGACCGAGUAAAUUUAUCGACUCUAGUACCACCACAAUUACAAUUUCUGGAUAUAUCAUGUAACACUCGUCUUCAUGUGGAUCCACGUCAAUUUCAAGUUUACAGAUCUCAAAGACCAGUUUCUCUUGUUGAUGUAUCCGGUCAGAAUAGACCAAGUUUGCCAUCUCAUCCACAACAACAGGAAUCAUCAACGGGAGAUAAAGGAUUGGAACAACCAUGGAGAUUGGGUUUCUCCGAGACGGCGGGAACAAGAGAAAAACUCUAUGUUUCUCAAGUUAGAAUGCCAACAUUUUGCAAUGUUGAAGGACUUUUUGGAAUAUUUGACGGUGGUUCCAAUCAGGAAGCACCAAGUGCACUUCAAGAAAUGAUUCCAAGACUUCUUUUGGAAGAGAGAACAAUUCGAGAAACUUCCAACGAAUAUCUAAAAUAUACUCUACUAUCAGCUCAUCGUGAACUUAAGGAGAAGGGUCAAAAAUAUGGAAUAGACGCAACAUUAUGUCACAUUACAAAAUUACCAAACACUCAAGGUUUUCCACGAGUGACAAGAAAAUAUUCCCUAAAAAUCGCGUCAUCAGGCGAUGCAAAAGCCGUUCUUUGUCGUGCUGCUGGACCAUUAACAUUGGCAGCAUCGAAAAAAAUGCCAGUUAAAAAUCAAUUAGGUAAUGCGGCAAUGUUUCCAUUAAUUGUUCCUGAUCCAACAACAGAGGAAGUUAUUCUCGAGGAUGACGAUGAAUUUGUCAUAAUUGCCAAUAGACGAGUAUGGGAAGUACUUAGCGUUCAGGAAGCAGUUAGAGAAGCACGAGCCGAAGCCAGUCCUGUUUUAGCAGCAAAACGACUGCAAGAUUUAGCUCAAGCCUAUGGAGCUGAGGAUAAUUUGAGUAUUGUUGUAGUGAGACUAACGGGUCCAGGACAAGGUGAUUUAGAUCAAUUGAUGCGAGAACUGAGGCAGGCAGUUAACAAAAAUAGAAAUCAAAAUGAAUGCUCAUGUCCAUGUUGCAUUCCACCGACACCACACAAACCACCAGCACCAUGUUGCUGUCACGUUAAUAACGAAGGAUACUAUCUUAAUGGAGUCUUAAAAAAUAUUGUCAACAGAUCGACAAAAUCGCACAAUGGCUCGGGGCGUUUCUUCAAAAAUUGUUCAAAAACAACUGAACGUGCUGAAAAUGAGAGUCCACCGUUUGGCGACGAUCGUAGUUCACCAAGUGGACAAUCCGAUCAGACAAGUGACAGUACAUUUAAAUCACGAAGACCAUCUGGACGCACAUGGGCUGGUAAUGCUGCGUCGAGAGCAGCCAACAAGGUUCGACAAAGUACAACAACAACAACACCAUCAGCGGUAUCACUGCAGGAAAAUCGAAAAUCACCAAUUUGCAUUACAACACAAGAUGACGAUGACAUCAUACCCGAUAGAACGGGAGCCUUAACUGAUGAACAAUUUCGUUGCUGGGAAUAUAUGCUCGAGCAAAAUACACAACUUUUAUUUGAUAAAGAAUUGGAUACAUUGACGAGAUCACCAUUAAGAAGAGGUCAGUCUAGAUCAACGCCACAACUUGCUGGUAACUUGCCUUUUUUGUCAAAACGAUUCGGCAGUGCCAGAUCCUUCAAUCCAACUGUUUUACCUCGAUCAUCAAUGGUCAGGUUUGGCAGUGGAAGAAGACUAUUAAAUGGUGGUCCGAAUGCUGCCUAUUUUGGCAGUUUACAAAGACUGAUGCCGUAUAAUUUGGAGUAUGAUUUUGCAGUGAUUCAAGAAAGAAGCGGUUUGGAUUCACUUGAACAAGACGCGUCAAGGAUGCAACAAUAUUGGGGUGUUGCCACCACUGAACUCUAAUUUUAUUGGUUACCGUAAGUUUCUUCAAAAUCGAAUUUAACCGAAGAUCAAUUUUCCCGAAUAUACUGCUACCGACAAAUGAUUUCAACUAACGAUAUGCUUUUUGUCAUUUAUCUGAAUUGAAAAUGUACUUAUUGAAUACUAAUGACACCACAGGGCUGAAUUUAAUAUCAAAUGCAGUAAUGCACUUAGAACGUUGGACUGCUGUAAUUCCUAAAAAGCAAACUUCCAUUUUGAAUUUUUGUAAAUAUUGCAACUCUUUUCACUUCUUUACUUUGAAACCUCCUAAUAGCGGACACCUUUGCUAACGGAAGUUUUUAUCUUUCACCGUCGUUGUCCACUAUUGGGAGGUUUCACUGUAUUAUAUUUUUAAUAAUUGUUAAUUUGUGAAAGAUGAAUCAAAUAAUUUUUGUUUAUAGAAGUUUAUUAUUCUUUAUUUUGAAAACAUUGUUGUAGAUGAUUUUACUCUGGGUCCUCUAUUCGAUUUUAAAGAUUUUUUAGACUCCAAUUCAGGAACUGAAUUUUGAUGGGUUGUUGAAUAACAUUCGUAAACUUUUAAUUGCUAAAUUAUCACUGGUUUAUACAAAAAAAAAUGUAUUUGAUUCGAAUAAUUUGACUAUUAUCAAAUAUUUAUAUUUGUAUCAAAUAAUUUUUAUUUGCAUCAAUAAUUUCUGUAUUUGAAAUAAAUACCAUUUAAAUAAUAAUUAUUUGAUACAAAUAAAUACUUAUUUAGUAGAACCAAUUAUUUGAAUCAAAUACAUUUUUUUUCAGUGUAUAUGUAAUUAUUGUCGGAAAGAUAUAAUCGGGAAAAUGUUUCUAGGAAAUCUGGCCGAUAUCCUAAUUAAACUACCCUACCAGCCAACUGGAAACUGAUAUUGUAAUUAUGUAUACAUACUAUUUUUCUAUUUUUAUAUGUAUAGCUAUUUAAUACCCUUUUUCUUGUUUCUAAUUUCUUUUCAUUUUCUAAAUCGAAAACUGAUGAAAGACUGAUCAAAAUGAAGCACAAUUUUUUAAUUUUACAAUUAUUUGAAAAUCAAAAAUUAUUGCAAAUAAUUCGCGCAAAGAAAAUCAAAACUUUUUUGAAAACAAAUUUUUUUUAAGGAAGAAUUGAAUUUUUAAAUUUUAUUAGUUUUUCUCGAAAAAAUUCAAUGCUUUCUUAAAUAAUACAAUUGUUUUUUUAAUCUUUAACAUAUAGGUUAAUUUUAAUUAUUACUAAAUAUAUUUUCUUUCUAAAAAUAUAUUUUAAAAAGGAUCAUAAUAAUUUUUUUUUUUUGAAACAUCUUCAUUAAACGUUUUUUUCUUCCUAAUUGCUCAACAAGGGGAAUGUAAAUUUUUUACCAAAUUCUUCCGAAUUCUUAUAUAUAGAAGAAUUUAGUGACAUCAGUUUAAUUAAGUUUUUUUUUUCAAAGAUUGUAUAUAAUAUAUUCGUAACGUAUAUUAUAAAAAACCUUUUUCUUUAUAUAUAUAUAUAGCAGUAUUAUAUAUUAAGAUAAGAAUAUAAUUUUGUCUAAUACAAUCAUUUU